AAAUCACUCCACUCACAAAAUCCUCAGCCAUCUCUAAUCACAUUUUACAAUCGCCUCUUCAAAUUUCCCGAUAAACAAAAAAUGAGUUCCGGCGCCGGCAGUGGAACAACUAAAGGUGGCAGAGGAAAGCCAAAAGCUACAAAGUCCGUCUCUCGAUCUUCUAAAGCUGGUCUUCAAUUUCCCGUUGGAAGAAUCGCUAGAUUCCUUAAAGCCGGUAAAUACGCCGAACGUGUUGGUGCCGGUGCUCCCGUUUAUCUCUCCGCCGUUCUCGAAUACCUCGCCGCUGAGGUAUUGGAGCUAGCUGGAAAUGCAGCAAGAGAUAACAAGAAGACACGUAUCGUACCACGGCACAUUCAGCUUGCAGUGAGGAACGAUGAAGAGCUUAGUAAACUUCUUGGAAGUGUAACAAUUGCUAAUGGAGGAGUUUUGCCCAACAUUCAUCAGACUCUUCUCCCAUCAAAGGUUGGAAAGAACAAAGGCGAUAUCGGAUCUGCUUCUCAAGAGUUUUAAUUUUAUUUUUUAGCUUGUAACAUAGACAUGGCUCUCUGUUCCACAAUAGUUUUGGUAUUUUCAUGUUACUCAAAAACUGUGUUUGCAAAUCCAGUAAUGAAUUCGGUUUGAAGAAGUGAAAUAGUUAAAUUUGAUGUGUUGAAAUAGCGGAUUCAAUGGCUUCAAUACAAGUGCUAAUAGGUUUGGCUUUAGCCAUGGUUUCUGCAAGUGAGACUCUUGCUUCUUUGUGAGAAUGUAAUAAUGAGACAGUGUUGGAAACAGCCCAUUUGAUAUGAGCCUCCUUUUCUGAUU